UCAUUUUUUUUUUUUUACUCUUCAUAAGGACUAGAAAUAUUUCUAGUACUGUAUAUACUCUUGAGUAGAAUGUAAAAAAAAUAAAUUAAGUCUCUUGAUAAUCAUUUAGAAUAACAUUAGUUGGUGAAGUUUGUCUCUCAAGUUAUCUGUUAAAAAAAAAAAACAAGAGCAUAUAAUGUUUUACUCAUUUGAAGGGCUUCAUGUUUUUUUUUUCCUUCCUUCUGUUUUCUUGAAGUUAACAGCUGAAUUAGUGAAGAAGUGGCAACUUCCUAUGUUCUGAUGCAACUAGAGUGUUUCCAAGAAAGCUCAAAAGUGUAAAUUUCUGAGUCUUUUUUAGUGCUUUUUGCUGAUGGAAAACCAUUUAGGACUCAAAAAUUUUCUACUUUUGCUUGUUUUAUUGCUCUCAAUAUGCUUAUCUGAGCAACUCCAAUCGUCACAAGCAAAGACACUAUUAAGGAUCCAAAAUCUUCUGAACCAUCCAAAUGUUUUGAGUAGUUGGAACAAUGACACUGAUUUCUGUAGCACUGAGCCAAGUUCAACUGUUACUGUUGUUUGCUAUGAGGGAAACAUAACUCAGCUUCAUAUAAUAGGGGAAAAGGGGGAUUCUAAGUUACCAGAGAAUUUCUCGAUCGAUUCGUUUGUCACUACUCUUGUUAAGCUUCCAAGUUUGAAGGUUGUAAGAUUACUUUCUCUUGGUUUAUGGGGACCAAUGCCUAGUAAAGUUUCAAGACUUUCAUCAUUGGAGAUACUUGAUCUCAGUUCAAAUUUCUUUCAUAGUGACAUACCUCGAGAAGUUUCAUCGUUAACGAGCCUUCAAACUCUAAUACUUGAUGGAAAUAAAUUCACUGGAAGACUCCCAAAUGCACUUGGUUCACUUGUAGUUUUGGCAGUCUUGAGUGUGAUGAACAAUUCUUUAGAAGGACAUUUACCUGAUACACUGGGAAAUUUGCAUAAUCUUCGCGUACUUGGACUUUCGAGGAAUAAUUUUACUGGUGAUGUGCCUGAUCUUAGCGGUGUUGAAAACCUUCAAGUUCUAGAAGUGGAAGACAAUUCUCUUGGACCGAAAUUUCCACAAGUUAGCAGCAAAAUCCAAAGGAUUGCGCUGAGGAACAAUAAGUUCGCUGCAGGCAUUCCGGGGAAAGUUCAAUCUUACCAUCAGCUUGAACAUAUGGAUAUUUCUUCAAACAAAUUUAUGGGGCCAUUUCCUCCGUAUUUGCUAUCUUUGCCAUCGAUCACUUAUCUCAACGUUGCAGGAAACAAGUUAACGGGGAUGCUUUUUGGAGAUAAUCAAUGCAAUGCCGGAUUAGAUUUUGUGGAUCUAUCAACUAACCUGUUGAGUGGAAGAUUACCUAGUUGCCUUCUGACAGGUCCUAAGCACAGGGUCGUGCGUUUCUCUAACAACUGUUUAUCAACUGGAGACAGAACUCAACAUCCAUUUUCUUUCUGUCGGAAUGAGGCACUGGCUGUUGGUAUCUUACCUCAUCAUAAACAAAAACUAGCUUCAAAAGUGGUUCUUUCUUUGAUCAUUUGUGGUAGCAUCACUGGUGGAGUCGUGCUUGUUUGUGCGACUAUUAUCGUGUUCAGAAAAUUUCUUGCAGAGAUAGCUGCACCGAGAAAGACAACAAGAUCAAUAGUAGAAAAUGCAUCAUAUACGUAUACAUCAAAGUUAUUCACAGAUGCAAAAUAUGUUACUCGAGCAAUGAAGCUGGGAUCACUUAGCCUUCCAUCUUAUCGGACCUUUUCAUCGGAAGAGCUUAAGGUGGCAACAAACAACUUUGAUGCAGCAAGUUUUAUAGGCAACAGUUCUGAUGAUGAGAUGUACAGAGGUCACCUGAAAGAUGGUUCAUACAUUGCCAUCAGAUGCCUGAAAACAAAACGAAACUACAGCAGUCAAAAUUUUAUACAUCAUAUCGAGUUGAUGUCAAAACUCAGACAUCAGCAUCUAGUCAGCACUCUUGGACACUGCUUCGAGUGUUACUUGGAUGAUUCGAGUGCUAGCAGUAUAUUCCUCGUCUUUGAGUAUGUACCACCAAAUGGGACCCUAAGAAGCUGGAUCUCUGAUACACAUGCUAAACGAAGACUAACGUGGACACAACGUAUAGCAGCUGCUAUAGGAGUUGCAAGGGGAAUGCAAUUUUUGCAUACUGGAAUUGUACCUGGUAUAUUUUCAAAUAACAUAAAGAUAACAGACAUCUUGUUGGAUCAGAACUUUGUUGCCAAGAUUUACAGCUAUAAUUUACCUGUUCUGGAUGAGAAUAUAAAGGUUCAAAAUUUAUCUAGUGGUUCUAAGGAGUUGAAGAGUACAAGGGCUAAUUCUGAAGAAAAGGUGGAUGUAUAUGACUUUGGAGUAAUAUUAUUGGAGAUAAUUAGUGGGAGGCAGAUAAAUAGCAAGAAUGAAGUGACAGUUAUACAAAAUCAGUUGCAAGAGAGCAUAAUGACUAAUGCAGUAUCAACAAGGAAUGUGGUUGAUCCAGCAAUUAGAAAUUCGUGCUCGGACGAGUCAUUGAAGACAAUGAUAGGGAUAUGCUGCAGGUGUUUGUUACAAGAUGCAGAAGAUAGGCCCUCAGUUGAAGAUGUAAUAUGGAAUUUGCAGUUUGCUGCUCAAGUUGAGGAUGCAUGGAGAAGGGACUCUUCAAGUAGUGAUGCCUCACCAAUCUCACACAUCUACAACCUCAAACCCAACUUGUCGCGCAAAAGCAAUAGCCCCGGUAGAGGAGGAGAGUUGUAGUAUGCUGGCAACCAGCGUAAAACUUGCUAAUGAAGACAUGGGAAUUCAUAUGACCGAUCUUAACCUGUUUGGGACUGAAAGCAUACAUUGAUCCGUCCAUGCCUGCUUGCAGAUAUCUCUAGGCCAUGUGAAAGUGAAAAGAAUACAAUUUUCUGUAUAGACAAACUUGACAAUACUUGAGUUUUCAUCAAGUUCCAAUCAAGUUUUUGAACUA